ACCUCUUGCGACCAAAUAAAGGAAACAAAUCACACACAUGUGAAAAUCUUACCGUCACAUUUUUUUAUUUCCUGCUAAAUAUCGUGAUUUCAUUUGUCACUGCUGUUUGCCUUUAACCAUUAAGAUGCCAAAAGCAGGGAAGACCAAGGUGGCCGCCAGGUGUGUGAAGCUGAUACAUCCUCAGAGCAGAAAGGCUGCCAAAUUAGGUGGAAGGGAGAUGCACAAAGAGAGGGUCAGAAAAGUUCAUCAAGACACUGCCUUUAAGAACUCUAUUCAAAUUGAGAAGUUAAAGUGGUUCCAAGAGGCAUUAGAACCAGAUAGAGCAAACUACAGCAGGGCUGAUGCAGAGGACCUAGUGGAAAGGUAUCUUGAGAGGUUUGAAGAGGAGCUGGAGCAGAUAUCGAUUGUUAAUAGCAUAAAAUCAAGAAGUGGGAGGCAGCACGCAAUGAGAGAAGACGUUAUCAAUCAAACUAAGAAGAGAGAGGAAGAGCAGUUUAAUACCUGUGGAUUGGAAAUUCCUGACAUCUGUGAUGGGCGGAACGCGAAGGUCUUAAGGUCGUGGGAUGGAAGCCCCAAAUUCCUUGGAAAUAUCAAAAUGAGGAGAGUUGUGAGGACUAUCCCUGACCUGUCUGACUUUGCUGACUUUGCUGGACAGUCAACAGCGGAAAAUGGCUCGGCGGAAAAUGGCCAGGAGUCCCUGAUGAAAGGGAGGAUGAGCAGGGAGACGAUGACCAGGUCGACGAUGACAAGGAGGACGAUGAGGGGGUUGAGGACGAUUUGUUGGACAGCGACGAGGAAGACAUGGAUGAUGAAAGGAACGAUAGUAAAGAAGACGAAGGGGUGGAAAGUCACUGAAUGCCUUAAAGCCCAUCUGCACUAGUUUGGUCAAGAAGGAUUAGACCUCACUGCAUGGUCACUGACAGGUGGUUAUCUCAUCAAAUCAGCU